GACUACAAUACAGGAGGAGCAUCUUAACAGCAUACCAGAUACCUACAGUACUUAAAGCUAGACGAUACCCUUUUCAUUGGAUAACAAACCACACCACUCUUCAUCUCACCCUCUUCCCAUCACCAACUCUCGCUCUAUCUUACUCUUUUCUUUUCCAUCUCCACAAUGUCUUUCGAUAGCAAGUUACCAACUAUAUUAGAGGUAGAGGUGUCUGACUCGGCAGAGCAGUCGGACUCAUCAGAUCACUCUGCUACAAACCCAACUAGCAUAUCGUCCAAGUCGGAGGAACCCCCACAGGAGCAACCUGCGCAAGCUGUGGCCGAUGACAAGAGCUCCGUCCCACCGACUAAGCCAUCGUCCGCACCUACCAGUACCCCCACAGACUCCAAGAUCGCGUCCAAGCCGAAUGUGAAGACAGCCCAUCAGCUCAAGCACGUGUUUGGCGCGUACGGUCGAAUGAAAACGGAAUGGCACGAGGCCAUGAAACAGGUCCUUGCUGUCCACGGAGAACGCUAGGAACAGACCGAUGACAUAUUUCACGACAUCGGCCUUCAGGGCCCUAAAGACAGCGAUUACUCUUUUCGAGAGCCCUCUCAGCCUAAACAAAGCGACUAUCGGGUUUUCUCCAUCUUUUUACUUUCCGCAGAAACUCGGCUCAAGCAUUCACUUGAACGGAUUGUAGUUGCCGAUCAAGCCUUCCGUGCCAACAG